UACUUAAACACACCUACUUAUAUAUUCUCUCGACUUACAUUCAUAUCUGUAAACCCCUAUGUAAAAAGUCUUCCCCAUCCACCUCUGUUUUGCUUUCAUAUCGUGAAUCUAAAAUCUGUCUGCCAGUUAAUCCUCACUUCUUUGCAAAGUCAACAAGUCUCAGUGUUUUUAGUUGACCCUUCAAAGACCUGCCACUGCGUUAAACCGACUACGAAGUCAUACGCGUACUCUGCUUCAAUUCAUCAUGUGAGAACUUCUGGACUAUCUUCUCCUCCCACACCAGAUGACAUUAUUUGGGGAGAAAGUAUAAGAAAUAAAUAGUCUCCCCAGGAAAUUUGGUCGCUAUGCGGUGUCGUAAAGUUGCAACCUUCACUCUGCUACUUACCAUUUUAGGAUUCUAUUUUAUGCUGUCUAGCAAGUACAAAUAUGUAUACUAUCACACUAAAGAAAACCAUGAUAAACCUAUAAUAACAUCACUUCCCAGCCUAAGGGUCACUAACGAGCUACCAUCAUCAUUGAAUAAUAAAAGUAACACCUCUAUCUUCAAUAUCACCACCACCACCACCAUGAAGACUACAAAACAGAAACAAGAACCGAAAAGGAGCAUUCAUCGUAAAACUGCAUACCCAUUAACUAUAGACAGUCCUUACCUCAUAAACAAUCCAGAUAUCUGUAAAGAGGAGAAAGAUUUGACUUUCAUUGUUAUUGUCCAUACAGCUCCUGACCACACAGAUCGACGCCUUUCAAUACGGCAAACCUGGGCCAACAAACAUUUCUUUAGAAACAUGUCCCUGAGGAUUGUCUUUUUGUUAGGAAGAAGUGAUAACCCCCAAAUCGAAUUCCGCAUUAAAAACGAAAAUCUUAUCUACGGAGACCUAGUGCAGGGUGACUUUAAAGAUUCUUAUAGAAAUUUGACACACAAAGGUGUUCUCGGUUUCAGGUGGAUAACUGAAAACUGCCAACAUGCCAAAAUGGUGAUCAAGGUAGACGAUGAUGUCUUUGUGAACAUUUUUAAGGUAUACAAAGAGGUUUACCUGAAAUAUAAAAACCUUUCUCAUUAUAUUCUCUGUCAUGUUCGCAAGAAAAAUACAAGUCCAAUUAUUAGGUCAAAAGAUCAUCUAAAAUGGAAAGUCAAUGACGACGAGUUCCGUGGUUUUACACAUUACCCAACUCCGUAUUGUAAUGGUUACGCUGUGUUUAUUGCACCUGAUCUCAUACGAGGCAUGUACCAGGCCUCUUUCACCACACCUUUUUUCUGGAUAGAUGAUGUUUAUCUGUAUGGACUGCUACCAUCAAAGAUAGCCAAUGUAACAUACCACAGUUUGGUGGGUUCUUUCAAUUUGAAUGAAAUUACAACUUUGAAGUGUUUCUCUGACAGCAAAAUCUGUAAAUAUUUGGUAGGUAAUUCCUGGCGCAGUGGAAAUAUGGUGAAACUGUGGUUGUCAACAUUAGCAAAACUGGACAAGAACUCUCAGAGCUUAAUUGACCAUCAGGUCAUAUCAGACACUAUGCACAUAAACUUGACCCAAGCUUUACAUGAGAUAAACAAAGAAGUAUAUAAAUUGUACCCUACUAAACCUCCACAAAAGAAAACCCCCAAAAAGAGUGUUGUGACAAACAAGAAAGCUGCAAAGGAAUCAAAACAGAAGGUAUAAAGAUGUGGUAUGGGAGCUGGAGGGUGAAAAAAAGAUUGAAUGGGAUCUGGAGGACUGAGGGAUAUUUUCCAUUUCUUUGGGGGAUUUACAUGUGCGUGUGUGCACACGUGUGUAUCUAUAUUGUGUGUGUAAAAAUAUAUAUAUACAUAUACACACACAGCAUGUUCUUGUGGAUAAUGUACGAAUGUGCCAUAUUGUGUGUGUGUCGGUACAUGUGUGUUUGUGUGUAUAUUGUGUGAGCACACAUGCCUAAUACACAUUAUUAUAAAGCAUAGAAGAAUCAAUUGGAAAGACUUUUCUCAAGUUAUGUGACUGUGAUAAUGUCAAAAGAACAAUAAAGUAUUAUAAUUGAACUAAAAUAUAUCCAAACAGAAAAAAUAUCUGAAC